AUGGCUGAAGACGAAGUGUUAUUUGAUGAUGUCUACGAAUUAUGUGAAAUUAUUGGCAAGGGACCAUUUAGCCUUGUCAGACGUUGUGUACAUCGUCAGACUGGACAACAAUUUGCUGUUAAAAUAGUUGAUGUAGCUCGCUUUACUGCAAGCCCUGGUCUCAGCACUGCAGAUUUGAAACGGGAAGCUACAAUAUGUCAUAUGCUAAAGCAUCCCCAUAUUGUGGAACUAUUAGAAACUUACAGUUCAGAGGGAAUGCUGUAUAUGGUUUUUGAAUACAUGGAUGGCUCAGACCUCUGCUUUGAAGUUGUACGAAGGGCAACUGCUGGAUUUGUAUACAGUGAGGCUGUUGCUUGUCAUUACAUGCGACAGAUUCUCGAGGCGUUGCGCUAUUGCCACGAGAACGACAUAGUACAUCGCGACGUGCGUCCUCAUUGCGUGCUGCUAGCGGGCAGAGACAACUGCGCGCCCGUUAAGCUGGGCGGCUUCGGCGUCGCCGCACAACUACCAGCGCCUGCUGCACACCGAGCCCCACCCGAACUGGUGAUGGACAAUCGACCACUAGUGGGUCCUAUGGGCCAAGCAUAUCUCAAAUCAGAUGAGUAUGGUCGUAUCGGAACGCCACAUUAUAUGGCCCCGGAAGUGGUGUCAAGUCAGCUGUAUGGAAAGCCCGUGGACGUUUGGGCAGCUGGGAUCCUGCUCCAUGUGCUACUGGUGGGAUAUUUGCCAUUUACUGGGACAAGGGAGAGACUUUUCGAGGCAAUAUGCCGAGGACGGCUCAGGUUUGACGCCCCUCUUUGGGACGACAUCAGCGACGCAGCUAAAGAUUUAGUGCAGCGCAUGCUUACUGUAGACCAUACGCAACGAAUUAAUAUACAAGAAGUUCUUAACCAUCGGUGGAUAAGGGAUCGCGACAAGCAAAACCGCAUCCACCUGGCGGGUACGGUGGAGGAACUAAAGAAGUUCAACAGUCGACGACGACUGCGAGCAGCCACGCUGGCAGCCGCCGCGGUUGAUGACGAUGACGAAGAUGAGCAGCGGCGCCACGUGCUGCUCGAGGAAGCCAACGCGGCUGCUAUCAACCUAGUAGUGGAGUCGUUGGACGACGUGGCUGUGCUUCAGGACGGGCCGCUGUUCAUGGAUCCAGACCUGUUCCAUAGUGUGCUUGAUGAUUCACAGCUAAGGGCGCUUCUGGAGGUUUAUGACCGAAUCGCUUGCACCGUGGUAGUAAGCAGUGGACGAGCCCCAGCCGCUGAUGCAAGAUCGCGGGCGCGGCAGGUAAAAAAUUAA